CUCGAUCAUAUUCUCUCUGCUCUCUCUCUCUCUUAUUUUGUUGUCUUAUCAUCUUCUUUUCUUCUAUCUUCUAUUACUUUUUGCUAGAAAUCUAGUUGUUUCCAUUUGUUGGUUCUCUGUAAUCUUUUAGCGCAUAUAUAUAUUUACUGGUCUUUUAGGAGUUCAAGAGCUGCUAUAUACCAGAAGAUCAAUCAUGGAAGACUCAGCUUCCUAUAUACGCAUGGUGCACCACCUGAUAGAGGAGUGUAUCAUAUUCCAUAUGAGCAAGGAAGAGUGCAUGGAGGCCCUCUCCAAGCAUGCAAAUAUCAAACCAGUCAUUACUUCCACAGUGUGGAAGGAGUUAGAGAAGGAGAACAAGGAGUUCUUUGAGGCAUACACAAAGAGCAGGGAAGAUAGGGCGGCUUCUGAAAUGGAAACAAGGCAAAGGAUUCAGAAGAUGCUUUCGGAUUCUCCCAAAAGAGAAUCCAACGACUAGUUGCAUUCGUGCAAACAGCGUUGGGCCAAGGCCAGCUUCUUGUUGUUGUUGUGUUAAUGACUCAUGAGCUUUGGCAACUGAAGGAUAUAGACGGAGUAAGAAAGGAAGAAAGAGUCUUUCAAAAAAAAAAAAAAAAAAAGGAAGAAAGAGUCAAAGAGACAAGGAAAUAAUUAAAGAAGCACAAGUAAGCGUACGUCGUCGUGUAAUGUGAACAGUAGUUGGUAAGCGUGACGGUCUGUGGCAACAGUUUGCGGGCGGUAGGUGGCAUAGGGUUAUUGGAGUCGAACCACGUUUCCUACACGUGGCGACGCCCUGCUGUAUUCCAUAGCAUGCUACUUUGCGUGCCUCGAUCACUCAAGUCUCAAUUUGUAGUUUUUAAAAUAUUUGCUAUCUAUCUUUAUUUUGGUUUGCAUUUAA